CCCUCCCCGGCGUGUGGCGCUCGGUCUGUCUGCCCAGGGUAAUGCGCAAAGCGCGGCCGGCGCGGUCUAAGCGGAGGAGGCAGAGUCGCGGGGGGGAGGACCCGGAACCGCGGCGCGGGCAGCGUCUGCGUUUUAGUCGCUGAGCGGUCAGCCGGCCUGAAGCCGGCGAGGGCACUCCCCUGGGGUGUGGAUUUGAGGUGGCCCAAGAGGUCGCAGGCGGAGGCCCGCGAGGCGAGAAGCAGCUCCCGCGCGGCGGAGGUGUGUGCGUCCUGCCCGUGGCGGCCGUGUCUCCCGGGAGAUGCUGUGACGGACCCGCGCGGGAGGAGCUCGGGCCUCGCCUCGCGCCCUAGUGGACCCCGCGGCCGCGGCGGCUCGGGCACCCGCCCGUCUCCGUGGAAGUAUGCACGACUUAACAGCACAAGUGACUAGUGGUCUUCUGCACUUCCCGGAGGUGACUGUUCAAGCCCUUGGAGAAGAUGAAAUAACAUUGGAAUCUGUGCUUCGUGGAAAGUUUGCUGCAGGGAAAAAUGGACUUGCUUGCUUGGCUUGUGGUCCACAACUUGAAGUAGUAAACUCUCUAACAGGAGAGCGAUUGUCCGCAUAUAGGUUCAGCGGAGUGAAUGAAGAGCCACCUAUAGUCCUAGCUGUAAAAGAAUUCUCUUGGCAGAAAAGGACUGGAUUGUUAAUUGGAUUGGAGGAAGCUGAAGGAAGCAUUCUCUGUCUUUAUGAUCUUGGUGUAUCGAGAGUAGUUAAAGCAGUUGUUCUUCCUGGAAGGGUUACAGCAAUUGAACCUAUAAUUAAUCAUGGAGGAGCCAGUGCAAGCACUCAGCAUUUACACCCAAGUCUACGCUGGCUUUUUGGUGUGGCAGCUGUGGUAACUGAUGUUGGACAGAUCCUUCUUAUUGACCUGUGUCUGGAUGACUUGUCAUGCAGUCAGAAUGAAGUAGAGGCGUCAGACCUCGAAGUCAUCACUGGCAUCCCAGCUGAAGUCCCACACAUCAGAGAAAAUGUCAUGCGAGAAGGGCGCCACCUGUGUUUCCAGUUGGUGGGCCCAUCAGGGACAGCUGUUUCAACUCUCAGUUAUGUACACAGGACAAAUCAGCUUGCUGUAGGUUUUUCUGAUGGCUAUCUAGCACUUUGGAAUAUGAAAAGCAUGAAAAGAGAAUACUACACACAAUUGGAAGGUGGGAGAGUUCCUGUAUAUGCUGUCACUUUCCAGGAACCUGAGAAUGAUCCUCGUAAUUGCUGUUACUUGUGGGCUGUUCAGUCUACACAAGAUGGGGAAGGUGAUGUUUUGAGUUUACAUCUGCUUCAGCUGGCCUUUGGUGAUAGAAAGUGUUCGGCAUCAGGACAAACCUUAUAUGAGGGGUUAGAGUACUGUGAAGAAAGAUACACACUGGACCUUACAGGUGGCAUGUUUCCUUUGAGGGGACAGACUAAUAAUACCAAGUUGUUGGGAUGCCAGAGUAUAGAGAAAUUUCGAUCUCAUGGUGACAGGGAGGAAGGCACAAGUGAAGUUCUGUCUCCUGACACCAGUGUUUCAGUCUUUACCUGGCAAGUGAAUAUAUAUGGACAAGGAAAGCCUUCUAUAUAUUUGGGGCUUUUUGACAUAAAUCGUUGGUAUCAUGCACAAAUGCCAGAUUCGUUAAGGUCGGGAGAAUAUCUACAUAAUUGCUCUUAUUUUGCAUUUUGGUCACUGGAUUCUGUUGUAAGUAGGACUUCUCCACAUUACAUCUUGGAUAUAUUAGUACAUGAGAGAAGUUUAAGUCGAGGAGUUCCUCCUUCAUAUCCACCUCCUGAGCAGUUUUUUUACCCAAGUACCUAUAAUUUUGAUGCCACUUGUUUGUUAAACUCAGGAGUUGUUCAUAUAACUUGUACUGGCUUUCAGAAGGAGACUUUGACUUUUUUAAAGAAAUCAGGACCAUCUCUCAAUGAAGCCAUUCCCGAUGGUUAUAAUCGAUGUCUUGUGGCUGGCCUUCUCUCACCAAGACUUAUGGAUAUUCAGCCUUCCAGUUUAAGUCAGGAAGAACAGUUAGAAGCUAUAUUGUCAGCAGCAAUCCAUACAAGUUCCCUGGGACUUUUGACUGGAUGCAUCAAAAGUUGGAUAACAGAAGAACAACCAAAUUCUGCUGCUAAUUUGCGCUUUGUUCUUGAAUGGACAUGGAAUAAAGUGAUUCUCACAAAAGAGGAAUUUGACAGACUGUGUAUACCAUUAUUUGAUGGUUCGCGUCGUUUCAUUGAUCCACAAACUAUACAGUCUAUUCAACAGUGCAGCUUGCUUCUUAGCAACCUUAAUACAGUCUUAAGCUGUUUUGCCGCAGAGGCCCAAGAUAUCACUGAAAGAGGUGCUGUGAACUUAAGCAAUAAGUAUAUGGUUUCCCAGCUCAUCUGUCAAUAUGCACAAGUGGUUCUUUGGUUCUCUCAUUCUGGGCUUUUACCAGAGGGCUUAGAUGAUGCUGUGCAGUUAUCAAGGUUAUGCUACAACUACCCUGUAAUUCAGAACUACUACACCGGUCGUCGACAGAAGUGUGAGCAUUUAUCAAGAGGGAAGUGGAACUCUGAUUGCUUGAUGAUUGAUGGAAUGGUUUCUCAGUUAGGAGAUCGAGUUGAGAAGUUGUGGAAACGGGAUAAAGGAGGCACAGGAAAAUAUCCUCCUACUAGUCUGCAUGCAUUACUUGACAUUUACCUACUAGACAACAUUACUGAAGCAAGCAAACAUUCUAUUACCAUAUAUUUGCUACUUGAUAUUAUGUAUUCCUUCCCAAACAAAACGGAUACUUCCAUUGAAUCAUUUCCAACUGCCUUUGCCAUUUCUUGGGGCCAGGUUAAACUUAUUCAAGGGUUUUGGCUGAUAGAUCAUAGUGACUAUGAGAGUGGUUUGGAUCUUCUGUUUCACCCAGCUACUACAAAACCUGUGUCAUGGCAGCAUUCAAAGAUUAUUCAAGCCUUCUUGAGUCAGGGUGAGCACAGACAAGCCCUCAGAUAUAUUCAAACAAUGAAGCCAGCAGUGUCCAGUGAUAGUGAUAUUGUCCUUCUCCUCACUGUUUUGCUUUUUAAUAGGUGCAUGGUUGAGGCCUGGAGUUUACUGCGACAGCAUUCCAGUAGGUCGAACAUAGAGGAGUUACUAAAGCACACGUAUGACGUCUGUCAGGAAAUGGGCUUGAUGGAGGAUUUACUGAAGUUACCAUUUACAGACACGGAGCAGGAAUGUUUGGUGAGAUUUUUGCAGUCCAGCACAAGUUUUCAGAAUCAGGAAUUCCUUUUAGUUCACCAUUUGCAGCGUGCCAAUUACAUCCCUGCCUUGAAGCUGAACCAAACUCUGAAGAUUAAUGCUAUGAAUGAUCGUGAUCCUCGUUUGCGGGAGAGAUCAGUGACUCGAAAUUCUAUAUUAGAUCAGUAUGGGAAAAUCCUUCCAAGAGUCCAGCGAAAAUUAGCCAUUGAGCGAGCUAAGCCUUACUGUCUGUCAAAAUCAUCAGUCCUUCGAGAAGUUUCUCGGCCCAAACCAUUAUCAGCAGUGCCAAAGCAAGCUGUAAUAGGGACUGUGUUAACAAGAUCCACUUUCAUCAGUAAUGUGUUAUCUAGAAUUGGAGAGGUUUGGACAAGCAGUGAACCUAAAAAUAACAUCUUAACCUACAAUAGUCCUAGGGUAGAAGUACCAUCUCCUGUAAUAUAUUCUUUCCCGGAUCUAGAGCUGCCUGAGGCAUUUGUUGGAACACCCAUUGGAAAAGCAUCACAAAGAGUUUCUAGACUCCUGGAUUUGGUGGUUCAUCCUGUUCCCCAGCUUUCUCAAUGUUUGGGGUUUAUUCAGCAGACCACCCCCACAAGAUCUCCUUUGUACCUAACAUCCAGUUCAUUGCCAGAAAGUCCACAAUUAAAAGGAUCACGUCCAAAUACCUCCAGGGCUUCAGAAUUAAAUUUACUUGAAACUCCUCUUGUAGUUAAGAAAGCUAAAACUUUGGCCAUGUCAGUUGCUUCCUCUGGAUUUGCUGAGUUCACUCCUCAAUCCAUCCUAAGGUCUGGUCUUCGAUCAACACCUUUAGCAUCUCCUUCUGUGUCACCUGGAAGGUCUCUUACUCCUCCUCUACGACUUAAAGAAACUAGAAUUUCAUUCAUGGAAGAAGGCAUGACCACAAAAUGGAUUGCUGGAGCUGCAAAUGAUAGCAAAACAAAAACCUUUGUUACUACACCUUUCUAUAAAUGUGGAGUUCUAGCAGAAACUGAAUGGCCAAAGAACAAAGAUAAGACACCAUCUUUUUACCUGAAUAGCCCUGAAAUGGACCAUCGAGAAAUGGAUGUGAGGUCACAGGAUACACAUUCACAAAGUUUGGAGAAACUGGAUGUGAGCAAAGAAAAUAGCAAUGCUUCAUCCGUAUCUGAGCAGACUACCUCAGAGUAUCAGGAUGCACCGUCACCAGGAGAGUUUGAAAUGUGCGUGGCCUCUAGGCCAGAGAACUCUUCCACUGAACUAAUUACUAAUUUAACUGAAGAACCUGAGAAGGAUAGCGAUAAAGAUGUGUUUAAAUUCGAAGUAACUCCUCUAGACCUGGAGAAACAAAUGGGCACUUUAGAAGAUGCAGAAACAAAGGCUCUCUUAGCUGCAGAGAAAGUGCUUUCAGAAUUAAAUCACUCAAACCCUAUUCAAGGAGUUGAAGCUUCUGUUUGUGUACCAUCAAUCCAUGAAGGGAAAAUUCUCACCCUGAAGUCCCAGGUACCAGUUCCAGAUAAAGCAUCAGUCGAAGCCUGCACCUCUACAGUUAGAGCAGCUACGGCCGAUGUCCUUGGUGAUAGUGGAAGCUCUGGGCUCAUUACCUCUGAAAGUCCUGUUAUCUCCAAACAUAGGCUUGACCAGAAAAUAGCUUUGAACAUAAAAGAAGUUCAUGAACUAGAAGCUGGUGCACUAAAAGCAAGUGUUGACUUACCAGAAGAAAAGCCUCCAAUUUCUGAUGAUCCGCCUGAUACUCAAGAAAUUCAUGUGAUCGAACAUGAAAAGCUUGAAGUUCAAGAUUCAGAACAAGAGGCUAGGAGUCUUUCGUUUCAUGAGUAUCCCUCAGGAACUCUUAAGCUUCAAUAUAAUUUUGAGACCAUAGAGCAACAGUUCUGUGACUUGCCUGAUAACAAAGACUCUGCUGAGUGUGACAUUGCUGAAGUAGACGGAGAACUUUUUGUGGCUCAGAGCAACUUUACCUUGAUAUUGGAAGGUGAAGAAGGAGAAGUUGAGACAGGCGAUUCUGCAGCAUCUGAUAUGUUAGCUAAAGCAGCUAACAUAGCAGCUGAGGAAAAACAUGUAUACGCUGGGGAAAAUGAUAAUCGUGGGCAUGUUGCUAAAUUGCCAUCGAUCAUGACUAGUGAUCAAGAGUCCCAGAAGGUAGAGACAUUACCAUAUGUGCCUGAACCAAUUAAAGUGGCAAUUGCAGAAAAUUUACUAGAUGUAAUUAAAGACACAAGAAGUAAAGAAAUUACUUCAGAGACAGUGGAACAGUCCAUUCAUGAAAACAUACCUCUAAUAAGCCAGAAAGUAGUGUCUUCCACCAAGUUAGUCAAAUCUACUUUUAAGACUGUUCAGGAAACAAGUACGGUGACUUUAAAUGUCAGUCAGUCUGAUGACAUGGUUUCCUCCAGAACUCGCACAAGAGCACGUGUCCAAAGCCAAGAUGUCAGAUCAGUGUCAGUGCGACAGGAAGAGUCAGCAGAUGUUGCUACUCCUGAAAUGCCAGGGCUUUCAGUUAAGAAGAAAACUAGGAAAAAAGCAGACAUUUCUGAGGCUUCCGAAAGUGCCUUUUCUGACGUCAAAGAAAUAUCUCAGAAUCAGCAAAUACCUCAAAAUUCUAUUACUCCUAGGAGAGGAAAGAGAAAGAAAGAAAUUAAUCAAGACACAUUAGAAAGUAUUAAUUCUGUCGAACGAGAAUUACAGGUUACUCCAGGUAGGGAAUUAAGAAGGUUGAGAUCAUCGCAGCUGUUGGAACCGUUAGCUAAAGAAACUUCUUUUAGAAAAGAAGUUAAGCUUUCAUCUGUUACGAAACAGACUCCUAAAAGAAUUAAAAAAUCUGUGGAAAAUCAGGAAAGUGUUGAAAUUAUAAAUGAUCUAAAAGUUAGUAAAGUAGCAGAUCCUAGCAGAAGCGCCAGAAAAUUGAGACGUGCUGGUUUAGAAGCUUCUGAAGAUAAAGGACAUGGACAAGAUGGGAAGUCCAGUGAACAACCGCCUGUUCAGCUUAGUAGUAAAAGAGUUAAAAAGGGAGAUGUGAGUGCAUCAGAUGUUAUAGAAAACUCUAAACUUGAUUCAUCACAGUUGACUCUUCAAGCAGAAUUUGAUAUGCCCGCUACACCUAGGAAACGUGGUAGACCAAGAAAACUUCAUCCAUCACAGGAUGUAGGGUCCGAGGCUGUUAAGGAAGAGAGAAGUCCCAAGAAGAGCAAAACUCUCAGCAUGCCAAGGAGAUCUGCAAGAAACACCCCAGCUAAAAGUGAAAGUACUGGUGAUGGAAAACCAGCUUUAGAAGAAUCCGUUUUCGUGCCAAAUGAACUUGCUACAGUGAUGAGCUCUAAGAAAAAGAUUACAAAAAAGACUGAAACUCAAGGCCAGAAACGUUCCUGUCACUCAAUACCAGAAAAAGGCAUAGAUGAAGAAAUGACAGACGAACCAAAUGACCAAAAAGAAAAAAUGCUUGCCACUCCUUUGACUAGAUCUUCCCGUCGCACAAGGACUAGACCCAGCAAGGCUGGCUUGAUGCCUGACCUUUCUGAACCAAAAGACGAGUCUUUACUUUCUCCUGUGCCAAAAGUCCCAAGGAAAGAGAAAGGUAAAAAAAGAGAGGCUUCUGAACAGCUGAAAGAAUUGGUUUCAGAUUUAUCUUCUCAAUUUAUUUCACCUCCCGCUCUAAGGACCAGGCGGAAAAACAUAUCUAAUACACCCAUUCUUGUAGAUGAACUGGCAGAUGAUGCUCAAUCAGAAACUGUGGGAAAGCAAAAAGUGAAAGGAACAAGGACUGAAAAAUCAAAGCAAGCAAGCAAAAACAUAGAAGAAGAAAGUUCUUGGUCACCUCCUCCAGUGAAAAUUAAGCUGAUUUCACCCUUGGCAAGCCCGGUUGCUGGAGCAAGGCACAAGCCAAGGAAAACUGCAGAAGUGACAGGAAAAGCUCUUGGAAGGAACAGAAAGAAACUGUCUUCCUUUCCAAAACAGAUUCUACGCAGAAAAAUGCUGUAAUGUUUUUCAUGUUUUUAAUGCACACCUAUUUGUAAAGUCAUCAGACUUGUGUGGAUUAUUAAAAUCAUCUAAUUUGGAAGAAAAUAAUUUAUAUAAAUUGUAAAUUUUUGUAAACAGAAGGUCUUCAGUAAGUAAAGCAGCUCCACAUGGAGUGUGAUUCUUUUAGUCGAGGCAGUUUUUUCUAUUUUAUAUUGACUUCAUACAUUUAUAUAAUAUGUAAAUAUGGCUUAUUGGAAUGUUAAAUAAAGUGUAUACUUCACAGUA